UGUCUCCACGUGUCCCCACGUGUCUCCGCGUGUCUCCACGUGUCUCUGCGUGUCCCCCUGGCGCCCUGGAUCGGAGUUUAACUCAUCAGCACGGAACCCGCGCCAUGGCGAGGCUCCUGCAGCUGUGUUCGCGGUUACUCACGCUCUACCUACAAGUACAGUUGGUGGCGCCCACGCCGUCGCCGGACUUCGGGCGCCACGUGCAGAAGGAGGCGCAGCACACGGACGAGGCGUCGCGGCGUCACGUGCGCACCUACCAGCUGUACUCGCGCACCAGCGGCAAGCACGUGCAGGUGCUGGGCCGGCACAUCGCGGCCCGCGGAGACGACGGCGACCCGCACGCCAUGCUCCAGGCGGAGACGGAUUCGUUUGGUGGGAACAUUCGGCUCCGUGGGGUUGAGACGGGCCACUACAUCUGCAUGAACAAGCGCGGCAAGCUGGUGGGCAAGCUCAACGGGCGCAACCGAGACUGCGUCUUCAUCGAGAUCUACCUGGAGAACAACUACACGGCGCUGCAGAGCGCCAAGCACCGCGAGUGGUACAUGGCCUUCAACCGGCACGGGCGUGCCAAGAACGGCACGCGCACGAUGCGCGGCCAGCAGGAGGUGCACUUCAUCAAGCGGCUGACGCGGGGCCGGUCGCUGGAGCCCGUCACGCCCAUCUUCUGGGUGGUGCGACCGGGCAGCGGGCCCGGCGGUGGCGGCGGCGGUAACGGCGGCCCGGGGCGAGGCGGUCGCAGGAGUAGGCGCACCCGGCAGUCGAGGCACGGGGCCCAGCGGCGGGGAUGAGGCCUCCACCGCCGCCACACGGCCGCGGGGCCAUGGGGCCACGGGGACGCGAGGCCCGGACGACGUGAAAACCUUGUGCCAACGGGUACCUUGGGCGUCGGGAACGGGGGUCACGAGGUUUUGGGGGCCCUUGGGACCAGGAGAUUCUGAGACCUUCAUGGCUAUGAUUCACUGAGGCCAUGUGACCUUAAUUUCAUGGUGCCUGAGGCCAUCGAAUCAUGGAAGGAUGGAUCUCCAGGGCUGUGGGGCUACAAGGCCAUAGGAGCAUAGGGACCUGGGCCACAGCUCUGCGGACUCAAGAUCCUCAUGGAACCCCAGGAGACCAGAAUUGGGCCUGCCUGGCCACCCACCUGAAGCCUCGCGUGGCUCGGCUGGACGGGUAGCGGGGGGCCUCUUCCCGCCACUGCUUGUGGGCCCUGCGGGCCGGGGUGAGGGACGCGUCAUGACUAAGGGACUGAAGCCACUGUGGACGAGACCGAGGCCUCCGGGCCUUGGCCGUCGAGAAACCACUUUAAAACGGACUCCACCUUGGUGAGCUCGCGUGCCGUGCGCGCCUCGUUAAUGUUAUUAUUGUCGUUGUCGUUAUUAUAAUAAUGUCGUUAUAUAUUUUUUGCGUUACAAAGCAUCGAUCAACAAACUUGAACGCGCACACGAGGCGAGCCCGCCCCCCCCCCCCCUUCUGCGGGAGGGGCGAGACGAGGGUGGCCUUGCUGCCUGUGGUUGUGAGGGUGAGUGCGGGUGAGAGUGCGGGUGAGAGUGCGUGUUGGGGGUGCGAGAGGAUGUGGUUGGUGUGUAAGAGUGAGCGUUGGGUGUGCGGAAGGUUAGGGGGUGUGAGUGAGGGUCUGGUGUAUGCUCGUGAUUGUGAGGUUGUAGUGGGGUGUGCGAGUGUGUGAAGAUGUGUCAGGAGGCUGAGGAUGUUUGAGGCUGUGGGAAUGUGUGAAGGUGUCUGUGUGUGGUGGUCUGGCAUGUGGUUAUGAUGGGGUCACCACAUCUACACCUCUAUAUAAGGAACGCAACAGGUGGACUUCUCCACAAAUCUGGCUGUUGCCUGAUGAA